GAGACAGGAGACCGGGACAGCCGCUGAGACCUCUGGGAAGCCCAGAUACCAAGAGAGAAGAUGAUUCCAAUCGGGGGCCUCCUUGUCUUCUGUGGGCUGUUGACCCAGACCAUGGCCCAGCUCGGAGCCCUGCCCUUGCCCGUGGACCAGGACCUGCCCUUGGCUGUGACUCCGGCCCUGCCCUCAAGUCCCACAGAUCUUGCUAAAGGCUUAACAAGUGGCCUCAGCAAUGGCCUGCUCUCUGGGGGUCUGUUGGGCGUUCUGGAAAACCUUCCACUCUUGGACAUCCUGAAGCCCAGAGGAGGCACUUCCAGUGGCCUGGUUGGGGGCCUGCUUGGUGGCCUGCUUGAAAAAGUGACUUCAGUGAUCCCUGGCCUGGACAACAUCAUUGACCUAAAGGUCACUGAUCCUCAGCUGCUGGAACUCGGUCUUGUGCAAAGCCCCGAUGGCCAUCGUCUCUAUGUCACCAUUCCUCUAGGCCUGAAACUCCGUGUGAAAACGCUCCUGGUCGGAAGUCUGUUGGAGCUGGCCGUGAAGCUCAACAUCACUGCAGAAAUCUUAGCCGUGACAGAUAAGCAGGAGAGGAUCCACCUGGUCCUUGGCGACUGCACCCACUCCCCUGGCAGCCUGAAAAUCUCCCUGCUUGAUGGACUUGGCUCCCUCCCCAUUCAAAGCCUUCUUGACAGCCUCACAGGGGUCUUGAACAAAGUCCUUCCUGAGCUGGUGCAGGGCAAGGUGUGCCCUCUGGUCAAUGGGGUUCUCAGCCAGUUGGACGUCACCCUGGUGCAUGACAUUGUCAACAAGCUGAUCCAUGGGCUAGAAUUUGUCAUCAAGGUCUAAGCCUUCCAGGAAGGGACCUGGCCUCCGCUGAGCCGAACCGUUCCUCGCUGCUCGCUCUCCCUCCUGCCCAGCUUCCCAGCGCUUGCAGGGGGUGGCCCGUGCGCUGGAAGAUGACAUGGCUGCCUUCUCCCCGAGGAACCUGCCCCCCCUCCCUUCCCACCAGGCACGUGUAACAUCCCAUGUCCCUCACCUAAUAAAGUGGCUCUCCUUCUGCA